AGCGAGCAAGCAGGAGGGUGUUCGACUGUGGGAGCGGAGCAAUGCCAAAAUCAAAGGAACUUGUUUCUUCAAGCUCCUCAGGCAGUGAUUCUGACAGUGAAGUUGAUAAAAAGUUAAAGAGGAAAAAGCAAGUUGCUCCAGAAAAACCUUUAAAGAAACAAAAGACUGGAGAAACUUGGAGAGCUCUGUUAUCUUCCAAACAGAGCAGUAGCAGCAGAGAUGAUAACAUGUUUCAGAUUGGGAAAAUGAGGUACGUUAGUGUUCGGGACUUUAAAGGGAAAGUUCUAAUUGAUAUUAGAGAAUAUUGGAUGGAUCCAGAAGGUGAAAUGAAACCAGGAAGAAAAGGUAUUUCUUUAAAUCCGGAACAAUGGAGCCAGCUGAAAGAACAAAUUUCUGACAUUGAUGAUGCAGUAAGAAAACUGUAAAAUCCGAGC